UAAAGCGAGAGGAUGGCAAACAUGUAACGGAACAACUGACUGCGAGCAGCAGCGCAGCAUCAAAGGACGUCGGCUUUUUUACGACGUGCGAACAGCUGUCAGCAGAAUACACUCAAUAAAUUUAUGACAUUCGAAACAGCACCAAGGCAGCCGGCCGUCAAGUCCAGCACAGCGGAUGCGCGUCGGAUCCAGAACCAACAGACAGGAUGAACUGAGACAUUACGCGCGAGAGGUUGCCACGGGCACGUUUGUGCUUGACCUCGGCGGAGAUCGUUUCUUGGGACAAGCGGCUCGCACGGUGAUGAUGUAUCAAUGAAGAAUGUCACUGCGACCGACUCUGUCCAAACAGGGUUGAUGAAGCCCUCGGCGGUGUCAUGCGUCUUGCCCCGCAGCCAAGCGCGCAACCCCUGCGGCUUCUAGUUCUGCUUCUCCUCGCGACAGCGGUCCCCUCAUCCCCGGUAAUCUCCACUGGCUGCCCGGACAGGUGCGUGUGUGACGACCAACUUGUGGUCCAGUGCGCUGGGCAGCACCUGACCACCUUCCCGGUCAACCUUCCGCUGGCCACGCGGCAGCUCAUCAUCUCAAACAACCGUAUCGCGGAGCUGCCGCCUCUCGCGCUCAACUACCUCUCCGACCUGGUGUACCUGGACUGCAGCAACAACUCUCUGACGGAGAUCUCAGAGUCCACUUUUGGGAAUCUACGCAAGCUGGCCUACUUGGACCUCUCCUUCAACACUCUGACCCGGAUCGAGGACAGGACGUUCGGCCCCUUGGCGAGCUUGGUGAUGCUGAGGAUGACGGACAACCCGGGGCUCUCCGAAAUUCACCCGGACGCUUUUGGGGAGAACGCGGCCCUUCAGGUACUCGAUGUGAGCCGAAACAACCUGACGGUCUUCAACAUCACCUCCCUGAUCGCGCUACCCGCCCUGCGCUCAGUGGGGCUCAGCGGGAACCCGUGGAGCUGCGAAUGCGACAACGAGGACCUGUGCUUGUGGGUCCAUCUGGAGGGCUUCAAGUUCCAAGAUGAGGGCCAGACGGUGUGCGGUUCACCUGCUGAUACUCAGGGCCGUCGACUGGGGGAGGUGGGCAUCCAGCUACGGACGUUAUGUCAUCAGACACUCGGCUCCUGGGACUACCUUUUCUUUGUUGUCAUCGGCUUUGUCAUCUUUGCUGCUGGCACCGUGUCGGCCUGGGUGAUGGGUGUCAUCAUGGUGCUCUAUGAGCGCUACAUCAAGAAGAAAGACGAGCAGCUCGAGAUGGAUGGCGAGGAAGAAAGCAUUGAGACAGGCCGUGCUGCGAGCACCAGGAGUGGCCAUGACAAUGGGAAUUUAAAAACCUCACAUACUGUUUAAAACAAAAUCCCACCCCUCUCGCCAUGGAUUCCCACAGUGCCUCCUUUCAACUUCCACGACUGUCUGAGAAGUCUCAUGAAACUUGGUCUGUAUAACAGGCUCGGAUCUGUUAAUGAAUGGAACAAGGAAUGUGUUUCUAUCAUUUUUAGUGGGCUUCCAGGUGUUGUUACACACACUGUAGUCGGCAUAGUGGAGGUCCCCAGUCCUUGGGUAAUACAUGGACUAUGUAUGCAAAUAUAUGACCACAUAUUUUGUUAAUUUAUGUGCAAAGUUAGCAUUAAAAAAAACUCAAAAACAACAUAUCUCAGAAAAACUGAAUAUGUAAUAUUUCUGACUGAUCUUCACAUCAGUUUAAAAUCAGCUUUUCAAAAUUUUAAAGUUUAAAAGUUAAAAAGAAAUCAAGACUAAUUUCAAGGCAAAGAUAGAAUCUUAAGCUAAAAAGUAAGCUACCCCCAGGUUACCUGUGAAAUGCGACCUGCACUAUAGUAACACCAGUUGACAUAAAGACGAAAACGUGGCUUACAGUUUGUGCUUUGCUGAUGAUAUUGUUAACAUUGAGUAGGGAAAGUGUGUUUUUGUGACUGUAGUUGUAGUUUUUUUUCUCCAGAUCAGUUUGUCUUUUUUAUUGGUACAUUUUUCACUGAAUAUUCCUGCAAGAUGCUUUAUUAUGGUUAUUUUAUGGAUGUACUGAGGAAAGCUGGAUACCAGAACUAAAGAUGUUGACAGCUUGCUUGACAGAAAAAGAGCUCUAACUGGAUUUGUAGCUCAGUGAAGGAGCACAAAAGUAUUUUCCUCCAAAAAAGGCCUUCACCUACUGUCUACAGCUAUUGGCCCAUAGCUGUUUCACUGUAUUGAUAUCAUAAAAAUAAAACUCAUCCCCUUGGUGCUGGGUGGAUUAGAAAUCAUAAUGAUAAGAGUUAAAAUUGAUAACGUUUAUAGGAAAAAAUAUAUGUAUGUUUUGGGCACAGAAGAUCUUGACCACUGUGAAAAAUGAACAACACAGACUUUUUAUUAAAAGACAGACAUUUGCUGACGUUGAAACCAGAUGUGACAAGAAAGUGGUGGAUCUGAGUGAGAAAUGGAGGGACACUGCACACUCAUACAGUAAUGAUUUAUCAACCAUAAUCCAUCUCUAAAGGAGAUCAUGGUUUACAAACUAAACAUCAUGCUAUAUUCAAUAAGAAUUGAAACUAGCAUCUGAGACCAUAUAGCUAUUAUUAAAAAAAAACAACAACAACCUCUUAGUCAAGUCAAAGACAGUGGGAGUUGAAGGGCCGUUUUGCCAUAAAUUAUUAAACUGCUGAACUUCUGUUCGGAAACUGUGUAGUCGCCCCCUGCUGGCCACUAGAAAGAAUCAGGUUUAAGGCACUUUCACAUUAGCUUCGCCUUUUAGGAACAGAAGCUACAUCCAUCUUUGAUAUACAGUCUAAGGAGCAGCAAUGCUGAAUACAUUCAGAGGUUUAAACUUAUAAGGAAAUUAUAGCAAAAUAAUCCCACUUAAGAUAUUUAAGAGCUAAACAAAUGUGUGUGGAUAAAUUUAGACAUCUAAGUCGGACUAUUAUAUCUAAGCCAUAGUCAAAAUAUCCAUGCAUCCAUCCCCCCAGCUGUCAUAGGGUGAGAGGUUGGACUAGCACAGAGAGACAGACAAUGGUUCACAUUCGCACCUACAGCCAGAUUAGUUCUAAAUCUAUUAGUUAAAACCAACCAUCAAAGUAAAAAAAAUUUGCUGCUUGCAUUCCAUUGUCUUAAUACCAAGCUAGGCUAACCAUGUACUGGCUUUAUAUUUAGUGGAUGGAUACAAAUAUGCCUCUCACUCAAAAAGAAAAUAUUCAUUUUGUGUUACCAUCAUUUUUUACAUGUCUGAUUUACAGCAUUCGCUAAAAAAUCCAAUGAAGGAAACUAGAAAUGUUUGCCAAAUUUUCUGUGGUAACUAUAGACCCAGUUCAAAUAUACAAAACCUUUUCCUAGUAUUGUAAAAUGCAUAAACACUAUUUGGUUAAACCAGACAGCCAUCUUAUAUAGAAUUGUUUUGUUUACACUGACAGUUUCAUCAAGGACCUCCAUGAUGGCACUAAGCAAAGCAAUACAAUUGUGACACAGCUCGAGCUCCUCUGUGUAACAUUGUAAAUGUCUUGUUGUCGCUCCACCCACAGGUAUGACAGGAAGGAGAGGAGGAACUCCUUUUAAGGAGUGCAUUUAUCCCCAUGUAUGUGACAGAGUGUACGAUGUAGCUUUAUGUGUGACUUUGCACAGUGAGAGUGUCCGUCCGUGCACUGCUGGGGCAUGAUUUUGUACUGUACUCCAUCUUUUCCUUAAUCAUUAGCCCAGAAACAAAAUACUGUGGCCGUAUUUGUGUUAAGGUUCUACAGUUGUUGUGAAGUGGAGAGAGCCCACAAAUGCCAGCUGCUGAGAUCUGUUUUGGCAGUGGGCCCUGCUGGAUGGCGAGCAAACAGGACAAUGUGAUAAGUGAUUUCUACUCUGUUGGGUUUGAGUGCAGUGUCCUAUCUACUUCUGCAUGCACUGUUAAUGCACCAAAAAGCCUUACAAGGUGUGUAUACGUUCAUUAAAGAAUGAAAUAGGAUUUCCUGUAACAUACGAAAACAUCCUAUUUGUGAUCAUUUCAAAAUGCUUAAAAAAAAACAAUUCUUUGUAUUUUUUUGGUGACUGAAUUACUGUGCAAGGACAAACAUUAUUUAUGCCCAAAAUAGCAAACAUGAACACUUGCUGUGCUUCAGGUUUCCAUGUCACAAACCUUCCAUGCUUUUAAUACUUAUCCGGAAUUGCUCUCCAUUGACUUUAGUAUCAACUUAGAAAUAAGGAUUUUUUUUUUAAACUCUCCUUGCUUGAACCGAGACAUCAGGCUGCCUUUUGUAUGUGUACUGUUCCUGUUAAGUCUCACAAUUAUUCAUUUGAUUAAAAAAAAAAAAAAAAGCUAUGACAGACAUGCGAAGAUUAGAUCAAAUACUUUUUUCCUGUGUUUGAAGUCAAAUGUUUAGAUGUAUCCAAGUAUAACAUGUCGCAGAAUUGAAAGCAAAGCAGAAAAGAAAUACUUUACUGAAGACAUUUUGAGACACACACACACUAAAUCAAAUUAACGAGAGCCAAAAUAUAUUUAGCUAUACAAUACAUUGCUUCCAUGGUUGUGGGUGUAAUUUGCUAUUUUGAUAAUGUCGAGGUCGACCGAAUAUGGCAGGAUUUGUGUGCCGAAACAUGUGAAGGCAAAGCAGGUUUUUUUGAACUGCAACUGCACAAACUGAUGCCUUUCUGUAAUGUGAUCUACAUCUAAUAGUGAGAAACCUUUCUUCACACAUUUACUGGCACUUGCAGUCACAUAUUCUUGUGAUUUGUCCAAAAAGAAAAAAAAAAGCUAGGGUUUUAUGUGAUGAAGUGAAUGCACAAUAAUAGCAUACCAUCCAGUAUAAACACAGUACUUAUGGAUGUUUCAGAGGUGGUGUCACAGGUAUUUUAUUUUUGGUCACCACAGGUCUUUCAUGCGGCAGACACAUGGCAGCGUUUGAUGUACAAAGGUUUUCUUGUUGCAUUCCUUGAGAGCUAUUAAAAGAAGAAAGCAAAUAUAAACCACAAACAUAAGACAGUCAGAAAAUAAUUCUAAUUUUUUGUUGCUUGUUUUCUCUUGCGAGAGAGAGAGAGAUGAUAGGAAUUAAUGCUGACCAUAACAUUAUAUAUAAUUAUGCAUGUGCCAAUCAAAACAUUGGUACAUGCACAAUUAUAUAUACUGUUACUUCAGCAGUAUGCUGAGAUGCCUUCAGUCCUGUGCUCCUGAUUGCUUCCAUGGCUUUGGGUGUAAUAUUUGCAUGGGUUCUGUCAGUAAUGCAUUGCUUAAUGUGCAGGUCUAUUCAGGUCUCCAUACUAAACUCUCAUAUAUACACAUACAUACAUACAUAAACUCGAUCAUUUUGACUGUGAGCCUGUGUUAGUUUCUGCUGCAGCUUACUGAUUAGGCCAUGUGAUGCCACAGGCAAGGGUGAGGGUGCAGACUGGAAAUAGGAUAGCUGAUUGCCCCAAUUCAUGUCAGCACAGUGACACACAUGAAAUGACAAGGAAAACCCACAUCUCCCUCUCCUAAUACACGUACACGCUGCAGUUGCUGUUCGUUUACACAAGGUGAAAGUUUGCAAAGCUUGGUUUUGAGUAAUAACAGCUUUCUGUUGCAUAGCACGUGAAUGAGCUGAAUUUCAAUAUUUAAGUGGAUGAAGUAAAAUGGAACAUUUUGCACUUGUUACACCCCCGUGCUUCACGGUCAACCCAUACUUAGGCACAUGUAUGCUUAAACACACAGAGACAGAAGCCUUGGUUCUGCCUCUAAUUUCCCCUUGGGGUAGAAAGACUCUUAUUAACACUGAUUCUGACAGCGAGUACAAUAGUAUUGUUUCGCAUCACAAACAAAAUUGAUAUAAUUUGCUUUCUUUCUGAUGGUAAAAUAAAGUAGAAAGCUUUCUCUUGUCUAUCUGAUGAAAAGCCAGCAGCUUAUUAACAUAGCAUAAAAAUAGGGGAAGACAACUAGCUUAGCUCUUGGAAGGAAACUAAGCUAGCAUAACGCAAAGGUAAACAUUUAAGUGGGUUUAAAAAGUGCCAGAUGAGUUGAUUACUUAACUUUGAAGACCAGCAGUUUUUUAGUGUAUGAUGGUUACACACCAACUAGCACAAUUGCAGGUACAUAGCACCAGAACAGGUGUUCAAAGGGCAGAGUGGUAAUGCAAGAGAAGCGAUUCUUUCUAUUCACAGAACCAUAAAAUGAUUUAAAAGCUGCCAUUUUUAUUUCUAUAGGACUGCAGUGCUCCUUUAAACAAAAAUGUAACAUUCAUUUGGCAGGUUGGGUUAGGGUCGCUGUUUCCUUCUGGUUCCACGUUAAUCUAAGUUCAGCGGCAACUGGCUACAGCAUCACAUUAACAUACAAACUUGAGGGGCAACAAUCAUUUGAUCUGACCAUUGGCAAGUUAGCAAGUAGUAAGACCACAUUUCCCAAGAUGUUGAACUGUGGCUUUGAAAUAAUAGCAGUACUUAAGGCAGCUGUAGUGCUUGCGAAUGGAUGUUUGUUUUCAUUUUCAUAUCCCAUCAUUCAAAAGCCAAGCUGAGGCAGUGGUCAGGAUGUGCUCCAGGACAGAGAUGCGCCCAACUGGAUAUGGUCACAUUACAGCUGUGACUGUGAGCCAGUUCAGUAAAUAGACAAGGAAAUGCACACAGCUACUGGACACAGAAGCUCCUGCAGCCCUGCUUCCUGCUCAUAUUUUUGCACCAUUGUGUGCACCCACUGAGCUGGAGGCAAACGGGCCAAUGUAAAAAUGCCUGCAGAUGGGAGAUGUGACAUGAAGUAAGACUGGCUCUAACCGACCGUAAUAGCCCUCUGACACAUCUACUUACAAACAUGCUCACUUACACACAGUCAUGCACACACACACACAUCAAAUUGGAAAAUAAUCCUUUAGUCAUGGAAUAGUGGAAUGACUUAAACUGAACUUGGAGUUGAGGGGGAUAUUUCCACGGAAGGGUGGAAAUCUGGUGUCAGUGUUACAGCUGUUACGUGAGAAUUUCAUCAUUAAUCAGACCCAAAUUAAUGUCAGCUGAGCCAAAUCUGCGAUACAUGCUGUACGCCUGUAAAGAAAAUACUUUAACGUAUAUAAACUGAAAUGCAUUUCUUUUGCAUGCAUUUGUGAACACACAAAGGCUAACGAGGGUUCUUGUUUUAUACUCCGAGUUACUUUCUGACCACAGAAGCAAGGAACAAGGAUCAGGAUCUGCAAACACUGGUUUUCCACCAGUUUUGCUUCCCUCAUUUCCUCCAUUGUGAUCUCAGUACAUUCUCAAAGCAAAUUAUUUGUGUCGUGGGAUUUGUUGCAAAAUAACAUUACUGUUUGAUUUGAUUUCUGUCACAUGCAAUAUAUAUUCUAUUGGACUCAAUAUUGACAGCUUCUACUUAUCCCUCCCUUGGAAAGAUGCUAUUGAUUGAUGGUAAAGAGUGAACCCCUGCCUUCACUUGGCAAAGAGGAGGAUGGUCCUGCUGCUGUUACACACUGUAUUUCCACACAGGCUCAGGGGCCUGCCAACUCUGUAUCCUUCCCCAGCAAUAAAAGGUCAUUGGAGAGGAGAUGGUGUGUCCUUUUGUGCGUCACAGUUCUGCCUGGAGAAGUGUUUUUUUCUUCUUUUUUUUGUUUCGCCUUCUUAGACGUCUCCUCUCCUC